UGCGGCCCGUAUUUCUCGGUGCCAGAGCCCAGCGUACCGUUCCCUGUUGCUGUCUGCACAGUUUGCAAGCUGGAACUUGGCAGAAUGGCUGAGACCUGCAAAAUGAAAUACACAGUGUUGGACAGCCCUUUGGGGAAGAUGGAGCUGUCUGGCUGUGAGCGAGGCCUGCAUGGGAUACGGUUUCUCAGCGGGAAGACCCCAAACACUGACCCCACAGAGGCCCCAGCUACUCCUGAGGUGCUCGGUGGGCCAGAGGGAGUUCCAGAGCCUCUGGUGCAGUGCACAGCCUGGCUGGAAGCCUAUUUCCGAGAACCUGCAGCCACAGAGGGGCUUCCCAUGCCCGCUCUCCAUCACCCUGUGUUCCAGCAAGAUUCAUUCACCAGACAGGUGUUAUGGAAGCUGCUGAAGGUUGUGAAAUUCGGAGAAAUGGUUUCUUACCAGCAAUUAGCAGCCCUGGCAGGCAACCCCAAAGCGGCUCGCGCAGUAGGAGGAGCGAUGAGAAGCAAUCCAGUCCCCAUCCUCAUCCCCUGCCACAGGGUGGUUCGCAGUGAUGGUGCCAUCGGCAGUUACUCUGGAGGAGGACAGGCUGUGAAAGAGUGGCUUCUGGCCCAUGAAGGCAUCCCGACCGGACAGCCAGCCUCCAAGGACUUGGGUCUGACUGGGACCUGGCUCAAGUCAUCCUUCGAGUCGACCAGCUCCAAGCCGUCUGGCCGAAAUUGAGUAACCGUUUGAAUGACACAUAGAUGUAACGCGUGUCGGAAGCGGAUGUGUGGUGGCACCACUAUAUUAAAAGAGCUGCAAGUGUCCUGGGGGA